AUGGAAACAUCAUCUCUCGCCAGACCACCGGGACUGAUACAGCUGCCCAGUUCCCUUUUCUCGUCAAUGUUCCGAGACCUCGAGGCCCUGGACUUCGCCAGUCUCCUCCCGAAAAAGGGUUGGACAAAAAAGCGGUUUCUGGAGCUUUUCGAUGAAACGUGUCAAUUGAUAUUGUUUCAACUGAAACAGAAGUGGAAGGAGAAGGACAUAAAAAUCGAAAGUUUACGCGCCCGUUCCGCGCAGAUUGCAGCCCUUCCACCGUCUUACGAUAAAAUGAGUUAUUUCGAUUUUAUCAACGGCCACGAAGUUGUAAUGAAUGAUGCUUCUGAAGCGAAGAAGCGGAGUCGUAUGGAAUGGGAAGAAUCGGUGCGCACAAGAACAGGCAAAAGACCACGUGCUGUGGCCCUGAAUGCUUCAACGAGAACUACAAACCGCUUAGCCUUAGAUGAAGAGCCUAUAAUGACUGCACUACCUUCCAUACAGCAGGGCCGGUCCCCAGUCCAAACGACAACCCAGACCACUACAACCAAAAGGGCUACUAGAAAUCAACGACUGGAGAGAACCCCGGCAGUUUCCUCUACACCUAUCAACCCGGAAGUCAAUGGGUUUGUCGUGCCUAGUGCUGCUCGCACAACUCGUUCCAGGCGGGUGGGCGGAACGCGCCUACCAAGGCGACCAAUCAAACCCCAGGAUACUCUCACAUCAAUACGUGGUUCGCCGGUCAUGAAUCCCUUCCAGCUAGGCAGCAGCUCGGACAAACAGCGACCAAACCAAGACGAAAUCCAACUGUUGCGGCAGAUGCUCCUUCAGUUGAAAAAUUAUCUGGGCAGCCAAUGACCCAAACUGAAUGGUGCCUUUGAAUAGUCCAGUAUAUCCAGUCCUAUGAUUCGAUGUUCAGUGCUUAAUUCCCUUUUAUGAAACACCUACCGACUCCCCACUUGUUUGUGCCUUGUCAGAGUGUCUUUUGCUUACGUUUAUAUAUUGUCAGUGUACAAUAACAGAACCUGCGAUUCACAAGGUGCCAAUGUGUUUUGCUGUAAUUGGAUGUUGAGGGCCAUCGGUGGUCGACUGUCCUUCGCUGUCGUUUGAGUUGCUGCCCGAGUGCUUUACCCAUCUUGCCUCAUUUCAUUUGUAUCACACCACGUCCUACAAGAUGUGCCAUUGUAUUAGGUAAUCACUGUCAAAAUCUG